CUCAGACCAUGUCUUCCUCCAUUAAAAUCGAGUCUGUUGUGAAGGAGAAGAACCGGAUGGGAGAGUGCCCAGUCUGGGAGGAAAGGGAGAAUGCACUUGUCUACGUAGACAUCAACUCACAGAAAGUGUGCCGCUGGAGCCCAGUCACCAAUGAGGUGCAGAGCGUGUCUGUGGAUGCCCGUGUCGGCUCAGUGGCUCUGCGCCAGUGUGGGGGCUAUGUCAUCGCCCUGGGGACCAGGUUUGCCUGCCUGGACUGGGAUACCCAGGCAGUCACCACCAUCCUCGAGCUGGAGCAGGAUAAACCCAACAACAGGUUCAAUGAUGGGAAAGUGGAUCCAAAGGGGAGGUUUUUUGCUGGUACGAUGGCUGAAGAGACAGCACCAGGGGUCCGUGCGAGGCGGCAAGGAGCUCUCUAUACCCUCUUCCCUGACCAUUCAGUAAUAAAACAGUUAGACCAGUUGGACAUCUCCAAUGGUCUGGAUUGGUCCCUGGACCACAGGACCUUCUUUCACAUUGACAGCCUGUCAUACGCUGUCCAUGCCUUCAACUAUGAUGUGCACACUGGAAAGAUUGCCUGCCCUAAGCUUUUGUACCAUCUGGAAAAGGAGGAGCAAAUGCCUGACGGGAUGUGCAUAGAUGCAGAAGGGAAACUCUGGGUGGCCUGUAUUGAUGGUGGCAGAGUCAUUCGCAUAGACCCAGAGACAGGAAAAAGGAUCCAAACUGUGAGGCUGCCUACUCCAAGGAUCACCUCUUGCUGCUUUGGUGGAAAAGACUACUCAGAAAUGUAUGUGACUUCUGCCUACGAUGGACUGGACGAGGCCACCUUAGCCAAGGAACCUCAUGCAGGAGAGAUUUUCAAGAUAACAGGCCUGGGUGUGAAAGGGAUCCCACAGAACUUCUAUGCUGCUUGAACCUUGGCACUAAACAGCAAAGAAAUGCUUCCAUCUUGUAGUAAUUCUGACUGGAAGAAUUCAAAAGAACUACAGAAUUUAUUUGUGUGAAGAUUUCUAAGCCCACAUUUGUGAGUGUGCUUUUUUGGAGUUGAAGAUAUUUCUUCUUCUGUGGGCCUGUGGCUUGAAGCAAUAGGUUAGAAAGGUAAAGUUAAUCUGUGUUACACCUUGAUAGCUUUUGUGACUUUCCCUAAACCUCUAAAUGCUCAAGCGUAGUUUUGCUCAACUUUCUGAUGACCAGCUCUGGAUUUUCAAGUCUGUGCACUUCCCAAAGCAGAAUCUGACUCCUCAUGUUACAGUGAUGCACCAGCAACAAUAUGGCAGAUUUUAAUAAACAUUUUAAGAGUGGUGUCUUGAAA